GGUAGCGAGUAAGAAAAAUGGCGGAAGUCCAGCGACAGAGCCUCGGCAGAAACGCUCUCUGUCCCCGUGUAUUAUGGAAAUCGCCUGUCCGAGUCAGGAUGUUUGUGUUUAUUUGUAUGCUUUUAGUCGAGCCUGGACGAGCUACGACUCACUGGGUCGUUACAGAGGACGGGAAAAUUCAACAACAGGUGGAUUCGCCGCUUAACCUGAAACACCCACAUCAUCUAGUCCUUUUCAUGCAGCAGGAGACUCGCGUCAACUACCUCAAGAAAUUAGAGAAACAGCUAGUUGCUCAAAAAAUUCACAUAGAAGAGAACGAAGACCGUGACACCGGAUUAGAACAACGUCACUAUAAAGAAGAUGCAGACUGCAUCACGGCUAAAGUUCCUCUCGGGGAUCUGGACCUCUACGAUGGCACGUUUAUAUCCCUGGAGAGCAAAGGCAUAAAUCCUGAAGAUUAUGUGGAUUACGUGUCACCUUUACCUUCAGACCUGGAAAAGCCUGAUUGUGCAGAGGUUCUAGAACUCCCCUACAGCAUUCAUGCAUACCAGCAUUUAAGGGGUGUGCAGGAGAAAAUAAACCUUACGUCACCUUUGCUGUCAAAGGAUGAUCCCAUCUUCGAUUCUUUAAUUCAUAAACUGGGUCAUCGCAUGGAUGAGAUUGGCCACAGAAUACACCAGGGUCUCCUGAGGAAUUCCUCCUCCUGGGUGCUUUACAAUCUGGCCUCCUUCUACUGGCGUAUGAAGAAUGAGCCAAGGAAAGCCGUGGACUGUGUCAUCCGCGCGCUGCAUUACUCUCCCAGGCAGCACAAGGAUGUAGCCCUUGUCAACUUGGCGAAUAUCCUCCACCGAGCUCACUUCUCAGCAGAUGCAGCCAUCUUGGCUCACGCAGCCCUGGACCAGACUACUGAUCUGUUUACUAGCCACUACACACUUGGCAACAUCUAUGCCAUGUUGGGGGAGUACAAUCACUCAGUGCUCUGCUACGAGCAGGCCCUACAGGCGCAGCCAGGCUUCGAGCAAGCUCUGAGGAGGAAGCACGCCGUCCUGUGUCAGCAGAAGCUCGAGCAGCGGCUUGAGGCUCAGCACCGGUCUCUUCAGCGCACUCUGAACGAGUUAAAGGAGUACCAGAAGCAGCACGAUCAUUACCUGCGGCAGCAGAGCAUGCUGGACAAACACAAGCUGAUCCAGGAAGAACAGAUUCUACGCAACAUCAUCCAUGAGACACAGAUGGCCAAAGAGGCACAGCUUGGUAACCACCAGAUGUGUCACCUGGGGCAGCAGCAGUACAGCCUGUCCUGUCCGUUUGAUUUACCCGUCCGCUAUCAUCGGGGGGAUUUGUUUGAGAAUGUCCACUACAUUCAGUUUGGUGAGGAGGUGUCCGUAGCCAGCAGCGUGGCAUUGGUGUCCGAGCCGAGCACGAACGAGAGCCGAAGCCCACAGCCAUACUUCACUGUGUCUGGAGGAGACGUCCUAGCAGCACACUGGUUCAAGGAGUCCUCUAAUGCUGAAACCCAUAGUAUGCUGUGGCCAAGAAGUUCAGAGUGUGCUCAGCGGUUUCCCUCCGUUCCCUCUGCUGACCUGCUGCCCACCUUCUUUCUUCCCCCAGAGAGCCACGGCCUCAGGGGAAAAAGUAGCCUGUAUAUGAACAGAAGUCCUCCAGUCUCUGUCGAGACCCCUGACUGCAGUUUAAAAGCUCAACCCUUACCUGGUGACCCUCUGACCUCUGUAGCCUGGGCCUUGCUGGGGAAACAACGGCCUGACCUGUAUGCUACUCAGGAACUGCUGAAGCGUAGUGACGGUUGGACUAUGGAACAAACGGGUGCAAUGAUAGCAAGUACUUUGGAAAAGAUGAAUGUACCUCGGUGGCUGGUUCAGAACGAGGCUGGGCUCUUUUGGAGAGCUCAGGGAAACGGGACCCGAGCUCUGCAGUGUCUGCGCCAGGCCCUGCACUCAGCUCCACCUCAGCACAAAAACGUGCCACUAGUUAACACGGCCAACCUUCUACUCCACUAUGGCCUGCACCACGAAGCCCAGGAGCUCCUGCAGCAGGCCAUGGAGAUCAAUAACUCAGAGCCUCACACGCUGCUGAGCAUGGUGAGCGUACAGCUCUCUCGGGGGAACCUGACUGGUGCAUUGACCCAGUUCCGGCAUGCCCUGUCCCUGAGUGGCAGCUGCGUCCAGUGCCGUGCCAGCUUGCCUCUGCUGCGCUGCCUGCAGUUCUACCCUUUCCUUUACAAGCUCCAGCACCAUCCCUGUCCACAUGGUUCAGGUUGCGAGAGAGUAGAUGACAUUGAAGUGGAGGACUGGGAGUCUGAGGAAAGGCAAGAAACAGGAAACCCAGACGCCAUGCCUGAACCUGCUUUAAAGGACUCGAUCAUGUUUGAGAAAGUAGUAGUGGACAGUAAUGGCUCAGGAGAGGUGGGCCAGCAGGAGCGAGGUGAAGAUAAGAAAGGAGGGCUGGAAGGAGAAGAGCAGUGGCAGUUGCAUGAGGAGCUGAUGGGAGCGUUGGAUGUAAGCGGGAAGCGUGGAGACCUACGAGGGAUCCGUGUCCUGAAAAACGACAGGGUGAUGGGGGCCAGCAGUGAUGGAGCCUGUUUCGGGAACUGCGAGGAUGAUGAUGGAGCAGAAUGGAUCACAUUUCAGGUGAAGCGCAUGCGAAAGCCCAAGGCAGAGGUUUCUGAGAGCUGGGCAGGUGAGGAGGAUUCCUCUCAGAGUGACUCGUCAGUGCCACAGUCCAUCCUGGAGAUCAGCGGCCCCACCCUCCCUUCACCUGGACCUUCAGGAAGGUGGAAGGACUACAGCAAUCUGGGCUGGCCAGGACCAGAGGAGUGUCAGCGCACACGGCGGGUAGACCUCACUACUGUGGCGAGCACCUGGCUGGCCGUGUCUGCCAAAAAUAUCGACAUCACAGAGCAUAUAGACUUUGCCACUCCACUGCAGGAGCCCGCUGCAGAACCGGUGUGCAAUGCUAAUCUGCCUGCCAGCAUGCACACACUAGACCAUCUGGGGGGAGUGGCCAACCGUGGCAGCAUCCACUAUACUGGGGAGAGUCAGCUUAAAGAGGUGCUGCAGAAUUUGGGAAAGGAUAAGUUUUUGCCGCAGUCCUUCGAGCAAGUGGGAACCCGUUUGGCCAAAGUCUUGGAAAAGAACCAGACGUCAUGGGUUCUGUCCAGCAUGGCAGCACUGUACUGGAGAGUAAAGGGUCAGGGGAAGAAGGCCAUAGACUGCCUGCGUCAGGCUCUAAACUCCGCUCCUCACCACAUGAAGGACGUUCCCCUGAUCAGUCUGGCUAACAUCUUCCAGAACGCCCGUCUGUGGGAGGACGCACUUACUGUGGCCCGCAUGGCCGUAGAGAUCGCUCCACAUUUCGUCGUGAACCAUUUUACACUUGCAAACGUCUACAUAGCAAUGGAGGAGUUUGAGAAAGCCAUGCACUGGUAUGAAUCCACUUUAAAGCUCCAGCCAGAGUUCGGACCUGCCAAAGACCGUCUUCAUACCAUCCAGUGCUACCUUCUGACUAAGAGGGACAGGCGAGCUCCAUAGAAAGACAUGCACAAACACAAACAAAUAUGCACAUGCACAGGCAAAGGCAAAUACAUACAUACACAUGCAUUUACAUACAUGAAGCUAUAGACAGUCCUUUACUGUCUGGGUUUAUUUUUCAAACUAAUAUUUUCCAGGGCUUCAGUUAUACAGUGCAGUAUCUGAUCAAAAUCUUGUUUUCCAAUGUUAAAGAAAGGGUUCUUGUAAUCAACAGAUCCCUUUUUUAAAAGGAAUAUAUUUAUUUUAUGGUGUCAGGGUUUAUGUAAAGUUGUUUCCACAGUAUUGUUUUUUUU